AUGCCUUUUGAAUGCAAGGCUGUCACAUACACUACCAAUGCUCUGCCAUUGACGCUUAAAACCGUGAGCCUUCCUGUCGAACAGAAAGACGGCCAGUUUGUCGUGGGUGAAAAUGACAUUCUUGUCAAAGUUCAUUAUGCCGCCCUUAACCCAGUGGACUCCAUCUUGAAAAACUCUGCCUAUGGCUGGUUGUCCAAGUCUGAGAAGGGUUUUGGUAAGGAUUUCUCCGGCGAUGUGGCCGCAAUUGGCGCUAAGGCUGCUGCGCAAACAUCUCUCUCUGUGGGCGACAGAGUUGCCGGUCUUAAUCAGAAAAUUUUCAAGAACGGAACCUUGUCUGAGUAUACGCUCGUCAACGCUUUUGACAUGAGCGGAAAAGCCACCACAAAAAUCCCAGACGAAAUGCCCUACGACAAGGCUGCUGCUUUCCCAUUGGUGCUUGGAACAGCUCAUCAGAUGUUUGAGAGUGCGCUUAAAGGAAACUCGUACAAGAAGGUUUUAAUUCUUGGCGGCGGCACAUCGGUGGGCAGAUUUGCCGUUCAGUUGGCCAAGAACGUGUACGGCUCGGAAGAGAUCGUGGUGACGUGCUCUGAACGUUCUGCAGAAACUCUCAAGGGCUUUGGUGCAACCUCGUACAUUGACUACUCCAAGCACAAGUCCUUGUUGGAACCUGUGUUGGAGCAUGUGAAGACAGCGGGCCCAUUCGACCUUAUUUUGGACACUUGCGGCAACUCGGACUUGUUUGGCCACAUGACUUCGAUUCUCCGCAACAGAUCGGAAGGUGGGUCCUACAUUUCCGUCUCGGGCGACUCCAAGUACGACUACUCGAAAAUGACUGUUUCUGCGUACAUUUUGAACGGCCUCCACUUGGUUGUGCGUUCGCUCAGACUGGCACUCGGAUACUUGCCCUACCAUUACAAGCUUGCCAUGCUUGACUUGGACCACGACCGUACUGAGCUUUUGAUCCGCUACAUCAUGGACGGCAAGGUGCUGAUCUGCAUUGACAGCGAGUAUCCUUUGGAGGAUUUCCAGGAGGCCGUCGACAGACAGGUUUCCAACAAAGCGCAGGGUAAGGUGUUGGUGAAGAUCUCUGACUGA